CCUGACGUAACUUACGUUUUUCUACCAACUUCGUGGAAGUGGAUAUGUUGAUCCGUGAGCAAUUAACCUUGCAAGAUGCAAGCACCAUGGAUUCUACAUCCUCUAUUCCGCUCCCGCUUUUGUCUCUCUGCUACGAACAAAGCUGUUUGCAACUCAUAUCACAUCUAUCGCUAACUUUCGGUCGACCACCCCAUUGGCGCCCCCCACUCGUAUGACAUCUCUCCACUGCGCCGUCGUUGCACUAGAGAACCCGCAAGAACAACAUGGCCACCACAAUCACAACUCUUGAAAACCUAACACAUGGGGGCAGCGAGGAAGAAACUCCUAAAACGCAAGCAGCAAUCGAAUUUGCGCAACAGGCAGAGCGUCUCGGACAAUACUCGCCACAUCAGGAAGAUGAUUCGACCGGGUCAACGCAAGCAGUGGAAGCCCUGUUCAUCACGGCUCAAGACCCGGUAAUACAAACUGCAAAUGGUCACCGAUUACCAGCCGUGCCUAUCGAUGAAGCAAGGAAGCUCAACAAGCUGAGAGCCAUCAUCGAUGACCGGGAUCUUUCUCAGGAAAAGCCUUUGGAGGCGUGUUCACGUGAGUCAAAAGACGGAACCAUACACGGAGUCCGUUUUGAGGAGAAAAACGGAGAAGAAGAGGAGAAACAAGACGCGCCAUUGGGAGAUUCCAAGCCUUCUUCCAGGACAAAUCCGCUGUUCCCUCCACUACCAAUUGCGGCGGAGAGAGCGUGGGAGAGACGGCACGCAGAAGGUACGGAGAAGACGGUUGAUAGUGAAGAGGAAGGCAAGGAUGCGGAUGAGUUUGUUCCAUUGGAAGGCGGUCCAGAUGAAAUCCAAUGCGAUGUUCGAUACUACGCACGCCGCGUGGGCCUCGAUUGCGAGGCCUUUGAGGUUCAGACCGAGGACGGCUUCAUUAUCGAGCUAUGGCACAUCUACAACCCACGAGACUACAAACGAUCUGCCGAUUCGCAACGGACACCGCACUCCCCGGAUAUCUUCUCGGAUAAUAACUCAAAGCCCGGCGUAGCAGGCUCGCAGUACGCACCAGGCGAUAAAAAGUACCCCGUCCUCAUGAUCCACGGGCUCCUGCAGUCCUCCGGAGCAUACUGCACCCAAGACGACGACAGCCUCGCCUUCUUCCUCGCCAAGAGCGGAUACGACGUCUGGCUCGGAAACAACCGCUGCGGCUUCAACCCAAAACAUGUCAUGCUCGAAUACAACGAUCCCCGCAUGUGGGCCUGGAACAUCCGUCAAAUGGGCGUCAUGGACCUGCCCGCCCUCAUCUCACGCGUGCUCUCCGAAACGGGUUUUGAGAAACUAGGCCUCAUCGCGCACAGCCAAGGCACAACACAAUCCUUCGUUGCCCUUGCGAAAGAACAGCGACCCGACAUCGGCGACAAGAUCUCCGUCUUCUGCGCACUGGCACCAGCCGCGUACGCGGGCCCGCUUAUCGAGAAAGCGUACCUGAAGUUCAUGAGCUUGAUUAGCCCGGGCAUGUUCCGCGCCGUGUUCGGUAUACAUGCCUUCAUCCCGUUCAUGAUGAGCAUGCACGCGCUUCUACCGGCGAAGUUCUACGGCGCGAUGGGGUACCAGGUCUUCUCGUUCCUGUUCAAUUGGACCGACGACCGGUGGGAGCGCGCCCUGCGCGACCGCAUGUUCCAAUUUGCGCCCGUCUAUGUCAGCGCGGAGAGUAUGCGCUGGUGGCUAGGCCGCGAGUGUUUCGCGCGCCAGAAAUGCAUCCUAUCCACGCGCGAGGAGACGAGCAUCGAGGAGAGGGAAGACGAGGAAGAGGACCAGCGAUCUCGGUCUCCGGACGAACAGUCUGAUGACGACGAACGACUGUCUCCCGCUGCUCUCGACAGGAAGACAAAAGAUGGCGGUGGUGAUGAGGAUCGCGCCCGCUUCGCAUGGUACGGCCCGCAUACGCCUCCCUUCGCGCUCUGGGUCUGCGGCGCAGAUGAUCUCGUCGACGGACGGCGGCUGCUGCGCCGCUUUGAGCGCAAUCGCGAGCCUUUUGUUGAUGUGGUGCAUUCUAAGGUUAUAGAUGGUUAUGAGCAUCUUGACGUCAUCUGGGCUAUGGACGCUAUUGAGCAGGUGGGGAAGGAGGUCCGAGAAGUGCUGUGGAAAACUGCGCCUGAGGAAGCGAGGGAGGUGUGUCGGACACCAAGGGGGUGUGAGGAUGUUGCGGAGUUUUAUCAGCGCAGGAGUGCGGAGGGUGAGGUGGGGAGGGACUAG